AUGGAAUGGGGUGGGCGGGCGUAUCAAAGUGAAUAUCGCAUCGUGGGAAGAUUCAAGCCUCUGUUUCUUUGCGUUCAUACAGCUGGACAGCCUCUACUUGACUCUCAUGGCAUAAGAAUUGCCCACAAUCUCUCUCUCUCUCUCUCUCUCUCUCUCUCAUCUUUACUGGUUAAAGUGGCUCUCAUCAUUUGCAGAAGGAGUCCUCUAUUACUAUUAUAUAAUCACUAUACAUAUGUAUGUUCGAAUUAAGAAGGAGACUCAAGAAAUAUCACUCUUGUGUAUGUGCUAUAUGAGCAAUACCUAUUGCUCAGCUUCUUGAUUAUUAUGCCCGUGAGACGAAACUGCUUUCUGGGUCUUGCAUAUAAUUGUCAAAUAGCAAUUGAUUUGAUGUUUCUCGGGUAGAUAGCAAAAGGAUAAAGAAAAACAAAUUGUGAAGUUGAAACUCCAAAAGGAUAGAUGAUUAUGUUUUUUCGAUGAAACAAAUGCUUUAUCCUCCAUUGCAAGAAUUUCUGUGAUUCAGAGAUUUGACCCGUCUGUGGAGUUGGAAGUUGUUCAUUGUUUGGGCAAAGACAAUCUCACACCAAGCGGAAAACAGAUUGUAGCAGAAAACCAUGGCAGAAGAAGAUACCUAUUCUAGAGAUGGAGACAAUUCCAGAUCGAGCACACACCAAUUAGUAGAAAAAACCAUGGUAGAAAACGAUUUCUAUACGAAAGAUGGGACAGUAGAUUACCGGGGUAAUCCUGCCAACAAGAAGAAAACUGGGACAUGGAAAGCCUGUCCUUAUAUCCUAGGGAACGAGUGCUGCGAGAGACUGGCCUACUAUGGGAUGAGCUCCAAUUUGGUCCUGUAUUUCAAGCACCAGCUCAACCAGAAGAGCGCCACUGCUUCGAAGAAUCAGUCGGAUUGGUCUGGGACUUGCUACAUCACGCCACUGAUUGGAGCAUUUCUUGCUGAUGCUUAUCUGGGAAGAUAUUGGACAAUUGCCGUCUUCUCAAUCAUAUAUGUCAUUGGGAUGACACUAUUGACACUGUCUGCAACGGUGUCCGGAAUAAAGCCAAGAUGUUAUGAAAAAAAUGUUUGCGACCCAACACAUGCACAGAGCACAGUCUGCUUCAUUGCUCUUUACUUGAUAGCACUUGGGACUGGAGGGAUCAAGCCUUGUGUUUCAUCGUACGGGGCAGAUCAGUUUGAUGAUUCAGAUGAGGCAGAGAAGAAGCACAAGAGCUCCUUCUUCAACUGGUUCUACUUUUCAAUCAACAUCGGUGCACUAAUUGCCUCUUCUGUGCUGGUUUACAUCCAAGAUAAUGUUGGAUGGGGAUUGGGAUUUGGUAUCCCAGCGGUUACAAUGGCAAUUGCUGUAGUGAGCUUCUUCUCUGGUACCCGGAUUUAUAGGAACCAGAAGCCCGGUGGCAGUCCUCUGACGCGUAUCUGUCAGGUGAUAGUAGCUUCCUUGAGGAAAUAUUUAGUUAAGGUUCCAGCAGACAAGUCUCUUUUGUAUGAGAUUGCAGAUGCAGAGUCUGGAAUCAGAGGAAGCCGCAAGCUUGAUCAUACCAAAGAUCUCAGUUUUUUUGAUAAGGCAGCUGUGGAGAGGCAGUCAGAUCAUGUAAAGGGCUCAGUAGAUCCAUGGAGGCUGUGCUCUGUGACCCAAGUCGAGGAGCUGAAAGCCAUAGUGAGGCUGCUUCCUAUCUGGGCCACAGGCAUCAUCUUUUCAACUGUGUAUAACCAAAUGAGCAACCUCUUCGUGCUGCAAGGCGAGAAAAUGAACACCCGUGUUGGCAACUCCAACUUCCAUAUCCCACCAGCAUCGCUUAGCAUUUUCGACACCCUCAGUGUCAUCUUCUGGGUCCCAAUCUAUGACCGAGUCAUCGUCCCAUUUUCCAGAAAACUCACCGGCAGGCGGAAUGGGCUGACUCAGCUCCAGAGAAUGGGCAUCGGUCUCUUCAUAUCCAUCUUCUCCAUGAUAUCUGCCGGAAUUCUGGAACUUAUCAGGCUCAAAAUGAUCAAAAGACACAACUACUAUGAAACCAAGGAGAUGCACAUGUCAAUAUUCUGGCAGGUUCCUCAGUACUUCAUCAUUGGCUGCGCUGAGGUUUUCACGUUCAUCGGACAGUUGGAGUUCUUCUACGAGCAAGCUCCCGAUGCCAUGAGAAGCCUCUGCUCCGCUCUCUCGCUCACCACUGUGGCUCUAGGAAACUACUUGAGCUCCUUACUGGUGACUAUUGUUACCUCAAUCACUGCUAAGGAUGGGAAGCCUGGAUGGCUGCCGGAUAACUUGAACUAUGGCCAUCUUGACUACUUCUUCUAUCUAUUGGCUAUACUAAGUGUGAUCAACCUAGUAGUUUAUUUCUUCGUGGCACAGUGGUACACUUACAAAAGGCCGGUUGGGACUUUCCGCGGAUAGCCACUAGUGCCAACAAUGGUGCAAACAAUAGGCUUAAUUUUCUUUGUUUCCCUGCAAGUGUGACUGAAGUUUGUGUAAAUAGAUUAUGCUCCAAAUGUUGAUCUGCUCAUGCUGCAAUGGCAAUGGGCUCCGAAUGGUUGCGUUAGAAGGAUGUGAAAGUGAACAAAUAAAUCUGAAAAAGAAGAGGGUACUGUUAGUUCUCUGCUUUAUUUGA